GCUCGGCGCUUCGAGAAAUGUUUAAACGAAACAUAAGUAAUAGUUAGUCUCGAGCCGUCAUCGCUGCGUACGGCGACUAGUGUCUCUGUCGGUGCGUCUCUCGCGCAUACCUUUUCCUCCAAGAGGAAAUGACAAUGUAAAAGCUCGCCACUGACGAUAAUGCGAUUCUUCAGCCGAGGUCUUGGGGGUCAAUCGAAGCGUUUUCGUGGUCAUCGGCAUGCAGCUUACCUGGCUCUUUCAGUCUGUUUUUGAACCCGGAUCGAUUACCACCUAACGCGGCUCCUAACGCGUAGCUUUUUAUCUGCCGAGUCGAGUCGAAGCUUUUUAAUCGAGCAAAAAUGCCGGCGGAGCGGAUGGACGAUUACAAGAGGGACAUACAUUGGCCGACCGUUUUGUAUUACAUACAUCUACACGCCCUUGGAUUCUAUGGAGCCAUCCUGCUGCUUACCGAGGCUAAAUGGUUGACUGUAUUCUUCACGCUGUUCAUAAUUUUGAUCGCCGGACUGGGCAUCACGCUCGGCGCUCACAGACUAUGGGCCCACGGCGCGUUCGAGGCGUCGGGCUUCGUUCGAGGCUUCCUGAUGGUGGCGCACACGCUGGCCGGUGUGGGUAACAUCUACGACUGGGUACUGGCGCACAGAACUCACCACAAGUUCUACGGAACCUCGAGGGACCCUUACAACCACAAGAAGGGCUUCUGGUACAGCCACCUCCUGUCCAACGUUCUCUCGACUCACCCGGACAAGGAGCGAAUGGACAAGGACAUCGACAUGUGCGACGUCGACUACGACGGCUACGUCUGGGUUCAAAGAUGGUUCUACUGGCUGCUCUUCCCGGUGGUCGGUCUCCUGCUACCGAUCAACGCACCGGCCGAGUACUGGGGCGAGUCGAUCAAGAACACCGUCUUCAUCCUCGGCUUCUUCCGUCUGGCCGUCACGACGAAUUUCUCCUGGCUGGUGAACAGCGCGAUGCUCGUCUGGGGCCUGAAACCCGGAGACAAAUUCCCCGCCGACGACAACACGAUCUUCCUGCUGAACAAGUCCUACUGGCCGAACUACCACUACCUGCUGCCCUGGGACUACAAGUGCGGCGAGUUCGGCAACUACGACCGCGGCUGCAGCACCUUCUUCAUCAAGAUGUGGGAGAACCUCGGCCUCGUCGACUCCCUCAAGACGGCCUCGAGCGAGUCGAUCCGCGACGCUCUCUAUCGCGCUGCCAGUCAGAAACUCGACGUGCCCGAGGCUCUCGAGUCCGUGAAGAAGAUCGCCGACGAGGAGACGAUCAAGGCCAAGCUUCGCUACCAUCACUGAUGCGCCUAUAUACUGCCCCCCGUCUCUUCUAUCUCUCAAUAAACAGACUAAAUUUCCUCCCGCUGCGCAUUUGUAAAUUAUUGCUUGUCACUGAUUACUAUACAUUUUUACAAUAAACAAGAAGGAAAAAUCA